CAAGUCUUUUAAACAUUACUCAUCAAAAUCAAACACUAUAAUUUCUUCAAAAUAUUUUGAGUUUUUCUAUAUAUGGCUACUCUUGCAAGUUCAAUGUCAUCGUUAAGGAGUUCGAAAAUGAGGAAAUGGCAAGGAUGUUCGAAGCAAGUUAGACAACAAAGGGCGAGACUUUACAUUAUUUGGAGAUGUACAGUCUUGCUUCUAUGUUGGCACGAUUAAUUAUAAUAAUCGUUGUCAUAGGCUUAAUUUCUAGUUAAGUUUUGUGAUGAACGAUGGAUCGAUUGUAUAGGUUUUGUUUUUCUGAAGGGUUGUGAUUAUAGCCUUUAACUUUUGUGUAGGAGUAGAGUUAAAUUACAUGUACAAUGUAUACAAAGAGUUUAUGAGUGAAUAAUACUCAAGGACACUUUUCUUAUUACUAA